AUGAUCAAAAACGGACACCACGCGACUGACGACGAGAAGACUGGGGACGCCGGGUGCAUUAAGACGGGGGGAGCGGCGUGUAGUCCGGAUAAGAGAAAGCGCCCUCUCCGCUUGUGGUGCGAUGGCUGUUAUGACAUGGUUCACUAUGGUCACUCCAAUCAACUGCGACAAGCAAAGGGCAUGGGAGACUACCUCAUUGUUGGAGUACACACUGAUGCUGAAAUAUCAAAACACAAAGGACCCCCUGUGUUUACACAAGCGGAGCGGUACAAAAUGGUGCGUGCCAUAAAAUGGGUCGAUGAAAUAGUUGAAGGAGCGCCUUAUGUGACCACUCUGGAAACUCUCGACAAAUACAACUGUGACUACUGUGUGCAUGGAGAUGACAUCACCCUCACAGUCGAUGGUAAAGACACGUAUGAAGAGGUGAAGCGUGAAGGCCGGUACAAAGAGUGUAAACGCACGCAAGGGGUCUCCACCACUGACCUGGUGGGACGCAUGCUUUUAAUGACCAAAGCCCAUCACAGUAACAUGAGUAACCCAGAUUAUCAGACGCAUACAGACAACUUUGGAAAGGGUCCCAAAGGCCACAGUCCAUGGACAGGAGUCUCCCAGUUUCUCCAAACGUCGCAAAAAAUCAUUCAGUUUGCCUCAGGGAAAGAGCCUCAACCCGGUGACUCGAUUAUCUAUGUGGCUGGGGCUUUUGAUCUCUUUCAUAUUGGUCAUGUUGACUUCUUAGAAAUGGUUUACAAACAGGCAGAGAAACCCUACGUCAUAGUUGGACUACAUUUUGACCAGGAAGUGAACCGGUACAAGGGCAAGAAUUAUCCAAUCAUGAACAUCCAUGAGCGAACGCUGAGUGUGCUGGCCUGUAGGUAUGUGUCGGAGGUGGUGAUUGGAGCACCUUAUGCAGUUGGCAAAGACUUGUUGGAUCAUUUCAGGGUGGACUUGGUUUGUCACGGGAAGACCGAAGUGUUUCCAGACAAAGAUGGGUCAGAUCCUUAUGCUGAGCCAAAGAGGAGAGGCAUCUUUAAGACCAUAGACAGUCAGAACAACCUCACAACUGAUGACAUCGUCCAGAGAAUCAUUGAAAACAGGCUGCAGUAUGAAGCUCGGAAUGAGAAGAAGGAAGCCAAAGAGAUGGCUGUGAUUGAAGCGAUGAAGAGACGAGAGACUCAGGAGCAGAAAACAGCCACGACCCAAGCUGCUCAAUAG